AUGACGGUUGUUGGUACCGUCUGCAUUGCCUGCUUACUGUGUAUUGUUCAAGUUAUGAGGUACGAAGCUUUAUCUGUCAAGUUGACUGGCUGGUCGUACGAGGCAUUCUCGGUCAUGCUCGAGUUUUUGUAUACUGGUAGAGUUGCACACCAUAAACUAGACACGGCCAGCAUGGCAGAAGUGUUGGGCUUGGCUGACCACUAUGCGUUGGAUGGUUUGAAGCACCUUUGUCAAGCCGUCCUCAUCCACAUGGUUGAUGUCGAUAACGUGUGUACUCUUCUGAAAAUUAGUGACCAGCACCAGGCAGUCGACCUCAAACGUCACUGUAUGUCAUUCGUCCUGAAAAACUUCGACCAGGUAACGGCUCUCCCUUCGUUCGACCAGCUUUCCUCGGUACCAAGCCUGUUAUUGGAAGUGACUAAAGCGGCUGCACUGGGCCAUGGUAAAUGA